AUGUUGAACUCUUGGACCUUGCCGCUGUUCCUCCUUCCAGCUUCCUCGAUAGCUCGGGAUAUUGUGUUCCCACCAGUAUCACCACUCCAGGCAAACCUUGGAGGCCCUGAUGGCCAAUAUCGGUCGCCCAUCGCCUCGGGCAAGGAUCCUUUGGCCGAGUUUGAGAAAUACUCGGGACUCAGUACCUUUGCAAAUCUCCCUUGGGUACAUUGCUUAUCGCCAGAUGACAAUGUAGACAAGUAUGAUAUUGCCUUUUUGGGGGCCCCUUUUGACACAGGCACUACCGCUCGCCCAGGAUCGCGGUUUGGUCCUAGUGGAAUCAGAUGGGGUUCUAGACGAAUGCAAGCUGCGGCUGGAUGGGACCCGUAUACCCACGAAAACACAUUCCUGGGUUGGGCACGCAUUGUAGAUUGCGGCGACGCACCGCUCACUUUCCUGGACAACACCGUAGCCUUGCAGCAACUUGAAAAGGCGCACAAAGUGGUAUCGGGCCGGGCAACCAAUACCACAGAAGUGGCCGACGUUCCUAGAAUCAUCACCUUGGGAGGUGACCACACAACAACCUUGGCGGCGUUGCGCUCGACCGUUAACCACUGGGGUCCUGUCAGUGUCAUACAUUUUGACAGCCACAUAGAUACCUGGGAUCCAAAAGUUCUCGGUGGAGGGAUAUCCCACUAUGCCGGGCUCAAUCAUGGCACUUUCCUUCACAUUGCCCAUGAAGAAGGCCUCAUUCUCAACUCUUCCGCACACGCAGGCAUCCGAGCCCCGGUCUUCAACAAAAAGUAUGACUGGAAAAACGACAAACGGUGCGGUUUCGAGAUCAUAACCGCCAGGGAUAUUGACAAAAUUGGUGUUUUGGGGAUCAUCGAAAAGCUCAAAGCCCGAGUGGGAGACACGAACGUCUACAUCUCGGUUGACAUUGACGUCUUGGAUCCAGCAUAUGCUCCGGCCACGGGCACGGCGGAAGUAGGUGGCUGGACGACUAGAGAGCUCCUCAGCAUCCUGGAUGGCCUUGAGGGUCUGAAGGUCAUUGGGGCUGACGUGGUGGAGGUUGCUCCGAUAUAUGACAAUCCUGGAGAAACCACUGUCCUCGCAGCGGGAGAGGUGGCCCACCGACUCAUGGGCCUGAUGGUCGAGACCCCAGUGAAGUCAUUAAGGAGGAAAGGAGCCAGGCCUGGUGGAGAAGAAGAGUAA